CCGAGCGCCCCGCAGUCCUUCGCAGGAAGCGGUCCCGCAGGCAAUGGCUGCGACACGCGCAGGGCCCCGCGCCAGCGAGAUCUUCACCACGAUGGAGUACGGACCGGUGCCGGAGAGCCACGCAUGCGCGCUGGCCUGGCUGGACACCCAGGACCGGCAGUUGGGCCACUACGUGAAUGGCGAGUGGUUAAAGCCAGAACACAGGAAGGCAGUGCCUUGCCGGGACCCCAUCACAGGUGAGACCCUGGCCAGCUGCCUGCAAGCCGAGGCUGUGGACGUGGAGGCAGCUGCUGAGGCAGCCAGGACAGCCUUUGAGAGCUGGAGGGGGGUCCCCAGAGCCGUUCGGGCCCAGCACCUGAACAGACUGGCCAAGGUGAUCCAGAAGCACCAGCGGCUGCUGUGGACCCUGGAGUCCCUGGUGACCGGGCGGGCUGUUCGAGAGGUUCGAGAUGGGGAUGUCCCGCUGGCCCAGCAGCUGCUCCAGUACCAUUCAGUCCAGGCAUACACCCAGGAGGAGGCACUGGCAGGGUGGGGGGCGAUGGGGGUAAUUGGCCUCAUCUUGCCACCCACGUUCUCCUUCCUCGAGAUGAUGUGGAGAAUUUGCCCCGCCCUGGCCGUGGGCUGCACUGUGGUGGCCCUGGUGCCCCCGGCCUCCCCGACGCCUCUCCUGCUGGCCCAGCUGGCGGGGGAGCUGGCACAGUUCCCAGGAGUCCUCAACGUGCUCAGCGGCCCUGCCUCGCUGGGGCCUUUCCUGGCCUCCCUGUGCGGGGUCCAGAAGGUGGCCUUCUGCGGAGCCGUGGAGGAGGGACGGGCCCUUCGGCGGACCCUGGCGGGCACGGGGCCCGAGCUGGGCCUGGCGCUGGGAGCGGAGUCGCUGCUGCUGCUGACGGACACAGCGGACCUGGACUCGGCUGUGGAGGGCGUGGUCAGGCUGUGGACCAGGGCUGGGGGCCUCAGGCUCCUCGUCCAGGAGUCUGUGUGGGAAGAGGCCGUGAGGCGGCUGCAGGCGCGGAUGGGGCGGAUUCGGUGUGGCCGAGGGCUGGACGGGGCCGUGGACAUGGGGGCCCGAGGGGCUGCCGCCUGGGACCUGGCCCAGCGCUAUGUGCAGGAGGCCCGGAGCCAGGGUGCACAGGUGUUCCAGGCUGGCGACGUGCCCUCAGGCAGCCCCUUCUAUCCCCCAACCUUGGUCUCUGGCCUGGCCCCGGCCUCCCCGUGUGCCCAGGUCGAGGUGCCAUGGCCCCUGGUUGUGGCCUCUCCUUUCCGCACAGCUAAGGAAGCCUUGGCCAUGGCCAACGGGACGCCCCGGGGAGGCAGCGCCAGCGUGUGGAGCGAGAGGCUGGGGCAGGCGCUGGAGCUGGGCAGCGGGCUCCGGGUAGGCACGGUCUGGAUCAACAGUCACGGCCUCAGAGACCCUGCGGUGCCCACAGGCGGCUGCAAGGAGAGCGGCUCCGCCUGGCACGGGGGCCUGGAUGGCCUGUACGAGUACCUGCGGCCCCCGGGGCCCUUCUCCCGGCCGGCCCCUCUCCCCGGGCCGCCGAGCUACGACACCUUUGGCCUUGCUGUGCCCCCGGCCCUGCCGGCUGGACCUGAAAUGGGGCCGAGCCCAGCACCCCCCUACGGGCUCUUCGUGGCGGGGCGUUUCCAGGCCCCGGGGGCCCGGAGCUCCAGGCCCACCCAGGACUCGCUGGGCAACGUCCACUGCUAUGUGGCUGAGGUCAGAGCCAAGGAUAUCCGAGGUGCUGUGGAGGAAGCCCACCGGGCUGCCCCUGGGUAAGAGGUCGCAUGGGAAAGCCCAGGCCAGUCCCCUGGGGCCCGGGCAGCCCUGCUGUGGGCCCUGGCAGCUGCACUGGAGCGCCGGGAGCCCACCCUGGUCUCCAGGCUGGAGCGGCAGGGGACGGAGCUCAAGGCCGCCAAGGCAGAGGUGGAGCUGAGCGUCAGGCGCCUUCGGGCAUGGGGGGCCCGGACCCAGGCCCAGGGCCACACCCUGCAGGUCGCAGGGCUGAGAGGCCCUGUGCUCCGAGUGCGGGAGCCGCUGGGCGUGCUGGCGAUCGUGUGCCCGGACGAGUGGCCCCUGCUUGCCUUCGUGUCGCUGCUGGCCCCUGCCCUAGCCCACGGCAAUGCUGUGGUCAUGGUGCCCAGUGGGGCCUGUCCCCUGCUGGCCCUAGAGGCCUGCCAGGAAAUGGCCACCCUGUUGCCGGCAGGCCUGGUGAACGUGGUGACAGGAGACCGGGACCACCUCACGCGCUGCCUGGCGUUGCACCAGGACAUCCAGGCCCUGUGGUACUUCGGGUCCGCCCAGGUACCCUUUCUUCCCACAGCUUUGGAUCGGCAUCUUUGUUUCACUCGUAGUUUACUUCUUCCAUGAACAGGAGAGACAGAGACAGACAGAGAUCUCACCCCCAGCACCAUGAUGCUGCCCUGCGCGCUCAGGGACCGUGCACACGGGCAUCACAGGCACACGUGUGCCCGGUGUGCUCACGGGGGUCCCCGACACAAACGCGGGGCCUUCCGCGUGGGCCAGCCUCAGAGCUUCUGCGGCUGCACCACCGGCUGGCCCACCUCGGCGUUCAGCCUCACCGCCAGGCCCCCUCCUGGAGGCCCACCCAGGCUCUAGGGCUGCUGUUGCUGCGGGGCAGAGACUCCUGCAGCCGGUCCUCAGGUCCUGCCCCUUCCCCCCUUGCUAAGGAAGAGGGUCUCCUUAGCAACAAGGGCCUCCUCGGGACCUCCCUGGCCCAAGGACCUGAUCUCCCUGUCGUUUUGUUGCUAAGGACCACACCCUAGCCACAGAGUCCCUCUGUCCCCUCAGCAUCUGGACGGGUUGCCUGCUGGGUGCCAGCAGCUGGCAGUGCGGCUACAGGGCCUUCAUCAGGCCUCUAGGUCUCUCCUCAGUAAUAGUCCCCGUUGCUAAGGAAGCAGCUGCUUAGCAACCGGUGUGCAUGUGCUGACCCCACCCUCUC